AUGUCAAUGGAUCAACCACUUCAAGGCAAGAUCAUACUGAUCACAGGAGGCGCAUCUGGAAUCGGACUCGCAGUAACAAAGCAAGCGCACAGCCUCGGCUGCAACAUCCUCGUCGCCGACCUCAAGACAACACCAGACUUCGACGCCUUCAGAGCCAACAAGCCCAACAUCCUCUACGUCCAAUCCGACGUGACAAAUUGGCCAUCCUUGGCCACCCUAUUCCACGCCUGCGAGCAAAAAUGGAACGAUGUCCCAGACGCCUAUGCCAUCUGCGCUGGUGUCUUCGCCCCUCCGUCCUCCAAUUUCUGGGACGAUCGCGAGGAGGAGGCUGGAUACAUGAUGGUGGAUGUGAAUGUGAAUCAUCCGGUUAAAUUGACACGGCUGGCGAUACGGAAGAGUCUGGGGCGAGGCAAAAGGGCAAGCGUUUGCAUUAUUGCUUCGGUCGCAGGAAUCAUGGGACUCCUAACCACACCCCUCUACUCCGCAACCAAACACGCCAUUGUCGGAUUUGUAAAAUCCCUCAAGGACAGCGAAGCCCUCACCGGUGUAAAAGUAACGGCGCUUUGUCCAAGUGGCGUGUGGACGCCGCUCUUUGACGAUGCAAAGUCGAAACAGUAUUCUAUUGGGCCGGAGGAUUGCUUGACGCCGGACACGUGCGCAACGCAUCUGUUGGAGUUGUUGCAGAAGAAGGAGUAUUCGUGUGGUAGUGUGGUGGCGGUCACUUUGGCAAGAACAACAGUGAUUCCAGAGUGGAAUGUGAAAAUCCCAGAGGGUAUAGUUACGGGGAAGGAGAAAAUGGAUGAGGGGAGGAUCCAAAGGCUGAUGGAACCGGUGAAGAGGGUAUUAGAGAGGGAGAAAGCAAAGAUGUAA